AUGGAAAUCUUGCCCCAGCUCCACAUGUGCGCCACGCAGAGCACCAGUAGCCGGCUAGGCUAUCGAACAAUAGCUGAGUUCAUUGUCAAAUCAGCGGGGGCAGCACUCAGUGGUUCCAUAUGGGGUCAUUAUGAGAUUUUCCGACGUCGAAUCAAUCAGAAACGCUUUGAAUUGCGCAACCAGGACGGCCCACACAGAGAAGCAUUGGAGAAUGGAAAAGUGGCUGGGGUGCGGCCUCCUGAUGGAGAUGGAAGCAAAGUAUGUUGUACAGAGGAAUUUCAUGGUCUUAAUCGACCUCUUCUAGCUCGUAUCCAAGGCCUUCGUAUUGAAGUCGAGGACGUUGAUGAACCGCCGGCAUUUGUCAACGGACCAGUACCGUUUCUUGCUGUCGUACCACUAGAGACACCAGUGGGAUUCCACGUCUACAAAUUUGUGGCUCGCGACGAAGGAGGAGAUGGAGACGAUGAUGUCGAGUACCGAUUGAUUAACACGGAGCCUCCUGGAAUGUUCACGGUGGACACAAACACAGGCGUAGUGCGUACAGCCGUGCGGCAGUAUAGAGAAGGACAAACCUAUCGAGUGCUUGUCCAAGCGGUUGAUAAAACACCCUCGGACAACUCCACGAAACAGGUGUCGGAAGUAGCAAAACUGGAAAUUCUUGCGGGUGAUCGGCCACCUCAGUUUCUUCAACAGCACUACACUGUUUCCUUGCCUGAAGACACUCUUGUUGACUACAGUGUCGUCGACGUUAGAGCUCAUCGCUUUCGAGCUAUCGACGAUCGGCGCUCAAAAGGCGAGCUCAUCUACUCGGUAUGGAGUCAGCAUGGUGGCCAACGUGAACCUACUUCAAUGUUCGGCAUCGAUCCAAAAACCGGUGUCAUUCAUCUCAGACGACUACUGGACUACGACGAUCCAUCACAGCCCAAACUACAUAAACUCAUCGUCAUUGCCAACGAAGAUGACAAAGAAUCGAGUGUAACGGUGGACGUGCAAAUCGCCGACGUCAAUGACAAUGCUCCAGUAUUCAGCCGUCCAUUGUAUACAACUCAGGUCCGAGAAGACUUCGAUAUUGGGAAGCCUAUUCUUACAGUUAGAACAGAGGAUAAGGAUUCUGGCGAUAAUGCCAGAGUGAAGUAUUCGGUUGACAACGACAACUUUACGAUCAAUGAUCUGGGAGAAAUCUCGGCUAAGAAUCGAUUGGAUGCUGAUCAGUUCAAAGAACGUUUCUUCAUCUAUCGAUUCAAUGUCACCGCCACUGACUUUGGAAAUCCACCGCUAAGUUCGAAUGCAACGGUGCAUAUUCGGACAGAAAACACCAAUGACGAAGCGCCUGUGUUCUUCCCAACUCGGCACUAUACCGCCUAUGUGGCCGAAGACGCUCAAGGCGGAACACCGGUCGUUCAAAUUCAGGCACGAGAUCCGGAUCGAGACCAGGUCGAAUAUGCGUUUGUGGAUGGAGCAGGGAUUGAAACUUACGAAACAAAGUUGUUCCACAUCGACAAGGACACUGGUUUAAUCAAACUUCGACCAGGAGUUCAAGCCACUGAUCUACUUCGAAAUGGCUCUCCUUAUAACCUGACAGUAAUCGCUCGUGAUGAUGGAUCAUGCUGCUCCACAAAAUCGCCUAGGCAUACAGCUUUAGCCACAGUACUAAUAGGCAUCGAGGACGUCAACAACAACAAGCCAGAGUUUCGCGAUUGUGCCAGUUAUGGAGAAUUGGCGAAAAUUCAAGAAGGUGUCUACAAAAAGAAUCCACCUACUAUUAUCAAGGCUAGUUUUAUUACACUGAAGUAUCUUAAAACCAGUGAGGUUGAAGCAACCGACGAGGAUUCCUCAUCAAAUGGUCAAAUCGUCUACUCGCUGUACUACGCGCAAAGCGAAUCAAGGAAACCAUUUGUCAUCGACAAGUUGACCGGUGUUCUCACACCCUCACCUCAUGUCAUUUUUGAUCGAGAGACUCGUCCAAGGGAGGAUGUAACUGUAAAGGCCACCGAUCGAGGUGAUCGCCCAUUGAUCGGGUUCUGUCAGUUCUCGAUCGAGGUAGUCGACGUCAACGACAACGCUCCACAAUUUGAUCGAGCCUCAUAUGAAACAAGUAUAUCGAGGAGUGAGGCUGUCGGCACAUCAAUCCUCACGGUUUUCGCAUUCGACACAGAUGCUCCACAUAAUGCCAAUGUCACUUAUCACCUUGAGGCGGAUCCAUCGGCUGGAGACGAACAUCUAAAUGACACAAGCUUUUUCAAGAUUCUAAAUGAGCAUUCAGGAGAGAUAACACUUGUCAAGUCAAUACCAAGAGAUCAGAAGGACAAGUUUAUCUUCAACGUGAUCGCCGACGAUAAUGGUAUUCCGGAAGCUCAACGCUCAACCGUUCAGGUAACGAUUAAAGUUCAUGAGAAACAGCAAUCGGCUCCUCGUUGGCAGACGAGUCCCGACUGUAAGAACGAAGUCACAGUAGUUGAGAAUGGCGAGAUGAACAAGGUCCUUCUACGUUGUCGAGCUAUAGCAGGGGACGGAUCGAAGAGCUCUAUAGUCUAUAAGUUGAGCAAUGGCGGUGUUAUACGACCAGGUAAAGCUGAUGCGAAAUUCCGUCAAUUCAACAAGAUCGAAGACGGAAGAGAAUGGGUCGAAGUUGUUAUCAUGGAACCGCUGGACUACGAACAAGCUCAGAACUAUACGCUCACUCUCACCGCCACGGACGUGAAUUCUCAUGUAUCUUCAUCACGCAUAAUCACGGUUCUUGUAAAGGAUGUGAACGAUGUUGUACCGCAAUUUACAGUAGACCUGUUCACAGGAACUGUCGACGAGGAGCUUACACCAGCUGAAUACAUGGAAAAAUUUGAACGUAAACCGAUCACUAGCGUGAAGGCUGUCGAUACGGACUCUGACGGCCCACAGAAUGAAGUGCAUUACCGAAUUCUCGAUGUACCCGACCCAAUGGGAGCACAACUUUUUCGUAUCGACGAGCUGACUGGAGAGAUUUGGCCAAAUGCCAAGUUUGACCGAGAGCAGAAGGACAUGUACAUUCUUACUGUAGAAGCUCGUGACAACUUACCUUCGGCUCUACCAGGGGCAGUUGGUCCAAACAAAGACAAUGUAAAAGUUCAAAUUGUGAUUGGUGACGUCAACGACAACGCACCGUCAUUCGAUGAGCCAAAAUACAUAGGGAAGGUGCUAGAGAAUGCUGAUCCCGGUCAUGACAUCAUCACCGUCAAAGCGCAUGAUUUGGAUAAACAUUCCACUUUGCGUUACGAUGUGGUAGCAGCUCAAGGUGGCCGGAUUCCAUUUGGUGCCCGAACGGAUAGUGGGGCGAUUUUUGUUAAGGAACCUCUCGAUUAUGAACAAGAAUCGGUUUAUCACCUACGGCUACUGGUCUCUGACGGUCGCCACAAUGCCUCUACCGAUGUGUUCAUCUACGUUGAAGAUGUUAACGACAACGCACCCGUCUUUGAACAGCCAAGCUACUCGACAACAAUUCUUGAGGAGGACCCUGAUAUACCAAAAGUCCUUUUCCAUGUGAAGGCAACCGAUGCGGACAAGGAUGAGAAGAGUCGGCGCAUUAUUUACUUACUGGAAGGACAAGGUGCUGGUGAAUUCUUCAAAAUCGGUCGUGAGACGGGUGAAAUAGAACUUAUGAAGGCUUUGGAUCGUGAUCCACCAAAUGGUGUUCCUUCGUGGAAUUUCAUUGUUCAAGCUAUUGAUGACGAUGGCCGUGGUUUGAUUGGUUAUGCUGAUGUACAGGUGAAUUUGAAAGACAUCAACGACAAUGCUCCUAUUUUUGCCGACGAUCUGUAUGGCUACGUGGAGGAAAAUCGUCAACCGCAAUCACGUGAUGGUGUAUACUUUAUGGAUGUACGAGCUACUGACUAUGACGAUCCUACCAGUGAUAAUGCCCGUCUUGCGUACAGUAUCGUAUUGAAUAAGGAGAUCAAUGGGCAGCCUGUUUUCCGGAUCGAUCCCAGCUCUGGAAAGAUUUUUGCCAUGCGAGCUCUGGAUCGAGAACUGCCAUCGGAACGUGAAUUUGUCAUUGAAGUUCGUGCCACUGACCACGGAACACCGCCACGUGAAGGUGCUGCCAACGUAACCAUAAAAGUGCUGGACAAAAACGACAAUCCGCCUAUGUUUGAACGUACGCAAUACGAUGCAACCGUCUUGGAGACUGCUCCCGUAGGCUCGGCGGUGAUCAGCGUUUCUGCUACAGAUCCCGACGACGAGGCGAUGUAA